AUGGCCGAUCCAGUUCCUGAAAUGGAUGAGUUUGCGCAGACCCGAGGCGCUGAUGACCUGUUCGACGAUGAGAUCAUCCCCGUCCCCGCGGAGGAGCAGCAAGUACCGCAAGAGGUAAUCGCACCGGAGCCAGAGCCUGUACCACAGAAGGAAGUGCUUGAGAAGACGGCUGUUGAGCAGCAUAUUCCGCGUGGGGAGACUCCGCAGCGGGGCCGUGGAGACCGAGGUCGAGGCCGGGGUCGAAACCGCGGACGAGGUGGUGGACGUGGUGAGCGGGAUUCGCAUGCCGCUGAUCAGAAGCGCUCUGAGAGUACCGCGCGGAGCGGGACUCCGGCAAGUGUUAGUGAGCUCGACGCUGGGCGAGAGGCCGGAGCGGCUACACCUGAGAAACCUCAGGACGGUGCCAAGGAGAAGCCCGGCCAGGACGACAACGCUGCGGGCGAAAUCUUGAUUGCCAAUGGUGCUGAGCCCCAACAUGUUCCUGCCGUUCGUGGGGACCGCAGUGCUACUGGCGGUGUAAGAAAGCCGAAACUCACGGAGGAAGAGCUCUCCCAGCGUAUCGCAGCCGCCAAAGAGAACGCUGCUAAGAAGGCUGCGGCCCACGCGCGGGCUGAGGCUGACCAGGCCUCAUUUAUGGAACGAGAAAAGGCGGCCGCUGUGAAGCGCCGCCAGGAACUUGCAAACCGGCGAGUUAUGAACAAUGAGCGCGAGCAGAAUCGACAGCGAAAGCUCAACGCCUUGACGGGUCGGGAAUGGGACUCCCAGAAGCGUGAAGAAGACUACAACCCACGCAGUCGUGGAAGCGAGUUCCGCCGGGGCAUGCACGGCGCAGUUUCCGGACACACUCGACGGGACUUUGACGACGGCCGCUCAGACGAAUAUGCUGGCAGUCGCAGCCUGCGGGGUCGUGGACGCGGUCGAGGUGGCCGAGGCCGUCGCUCAACCCAUAGCCCGCGAGGCGAACGAUCGUCUUCCAAUGACCCAUCGAAUAGAAUUGACGUCAAACCCACUGCACCGGGGCUAAAGGAUGAAAACGAAUUUCCCGCUCUCCCCGAAGGACCCCGGAAGGCCGAAACGGCUGAGAGGAAUGACAACCCCGAGAAGCCCGAGAAGACCACCUUGAACACGAAGGCGUUGCCUUCGCUGGACAAUCUCGAGUCGUCUUUUUCUCCUGCUUCUGGUACCUGGGCCGACCAGGUUGAGGAAUAG